AUGAACGCUGCUGAGCGGAUGGACAUGCUCGGUGUGCAGGGCUGGAUGAAGGUCGAGAUGCUGUGUGGGAAUCCGGUCGGUGCGAUCCAGCUGUUCCACGCGUACGUAGCUGCGCGACGUCGCGCUCGUGCACAGACAGAAUCGAUGCAAGAACCUCACCUUCUCGAUGCUGGGCAAAGGCGCGAGCCAGUGCGCGAUAUGAUCGAGGUGCUGAUCCUCGCAUAUGCGACGGAACAGGAUCUGCAUGGCCUGGUGCAUACGAUGCAGUCGUUCGAUGUUGGCACACAUACCGAACUGUUCUUCGAUCUCGCGCACAGCCAGCGCCAGUUCACCAAACUUCCCUGGCUGCGUGGGAAUGCCGCCUUCAAACUGCCUGCGGACGUGUGUGAACGAGCUCUUGACUGGGUGUCGCAUGCCGAGCUAGCACGAGGCCUUUUGGAUGGAUCCGGUGGCCAUGCUGGUCCGAAUCGCAUAGCACGCUUGUUGGGCAGUCUAUUGGCGCGUGGCGAUGUGCCGAGUGCGUGGCGCCUGUAUCAGACGGCCAUGCGUGCUGGGGUCUUGCAGCCCACAUCGCCGGCGGCUUGGCUCGCGCAAGAGCAGCUCGCGCCGCAGGAACGUGAGCGGCGCCUGCUGCCAGCUUGGACAGACAGUGCCUGGGUGGUGUGCCUGAGCGGAUUCCUCGCUGCUGAUCGACGCGACCUAGCUGCGCAGGUAUGGGAGGAUCUCGCCGCUGUACAGCCGCUCGUGGCAGCGACCGGUGCAGAAUGGCCCCCUGUCGCUGUUUGGAACGCUGUGCUGGAUGGAUUUUCGCGCUGUGGCGAUAUGGCAUCCGUGCAAGCAACGUGGCAUGUGCUUCAAGGACACUUGCCUGUUGAGCGCAUGCCGUUAUCACACCGAGCGAAGGGUUUGCGUGCGCCUCCAGAUGGGCCUGACCUCGUGUGCUACACGACGAUGAUGUCAGCGCUGUUUCGUGCGCGGCAAGUCGACAUGGCCAUGACUCUGCACAACGAGCUGCAGGCGAAGCAGGCGCGGCAGGAACUGAGGAUCCCCAUCGAGACAUACAAUGCCGUGUUGCAUGGCUUGUGCGUGUCGCGGCGCACCGAAGAGGCCUACGCUCUCCUGCGCUCGAUGGGCCGGAAUGGCGUACCAGCACCGACCAUCACGACCAUCAACGUCGUGCUCCGUGCACAGGCGCGGCAAAAGAACCUGCCGGCUAUGGCCGCGACGCUGCGGCAGAUCCUGCCCUUGGGACUCCGGCCUGAUGUCAUUACAUUCACGACCGUGCUGGACACCCUGCUUCGCGUCGCCACACAGCCCGCGGCAGCCGAACAGGCUGUUGACCAGGUGAUGCAGAUCAUGCAGUCGAUGCAUGUGCAGCCGAACUCGAUCACGUUCACCGCCAUGAUCAAGGCUUGCUUGCAUACGAAAGGCGACUUGCACCAGCCACGCCUGCCUGUAGCCCUGCAGCUGAUGCACACCAUGUGCACCAAUGUCAAGCUGGCUCCGACGCCCGUCACGAUGGAAAUCAUGACGGAGGGCCUGCUUCAGAACGAGCGCUUCGUCGAAACGAUGCUGAUGGAGUAUCCGCUGCCCUCGACGUUCCAACGCGCUCCUGUCAUGUGGCCUGAUGAACAACACGAGAUGCCCCUGCAUGCAACGCGCUUGGCGCUGGUGCUAUGGCAGCUGAUGAUGGACUGGUCUAUGACACCAACGAACGACACCUACCUCUUGCUUGUGCGCACUCUUCUCAAGGAUGGGACGAACCAUGUCCUAUUCCGCCGUGGUGUGCUGAUUGCCGAUGCGCUGUUGUACGCGCAAGGCUCUCUCUCUGCCUUGGUCAAUGCGCCUACGAAUCUGUACGUCAUCCUGCCUUCGACGCCGCCUGCCUCUGCUAGCUGGUCUGCCGUGCUUCGGGCUUUGAUCCGGUCGCGUCCCAGCGACUUGAGUCGGCGUGUUUUGCACGGCGUCCUCCUGCACUUUGCCCAAUCGCCUCAUGGCGAACAGGCACUGAUAGGUCUCCAAGCGGCCAAUCCUGCAGCGCAUCUCACAGCUCUUGUAGAACAGGCCCGGCACAAGCUGGGGCGCUGUUCAUAG